AUGUUCCUGCUUCAUAUGAUGACAUGCCAGAGUUAUGAUGCUGGUUUUGAUGACUUUAAUAAUGACGAUGAUCUUGGCAAUGAAGAAACUCUCCAGGCUUUAUCAAAUGCAGAAAAGAAUCAUGAUGUAAAACCUCACAUCAAGGUACUUUACUAUAUUGAUUCAAUACUGAUUCAAUACCAGGUUAUUCAUCAAGGUACCCUACUAUAUCGAUUCUAUAUUGCUUAAACAUAUUGAUUCAAUACCAGGUUAACCUUGUUUUGUAGGACACCAACCUGUUCAAAAUAAUCUAAGUAGCAGGUUCAAGCUUAAGCAACCUGAUUGUUUUCCUACAAUUUUGUUUAGACUCCCUUAAACUUAAACCAAAAAACGUUUUAAGUUACUGAAUUCAUGUUUUCCAAGAAAUUGUAAAAUUGAAAAUAAUAAUUAUUCUUCUCAGUCUCUGACCAACUUUUCAAGAUCACCUUUAUUUUACAAUGAAAUUUUGUUGAUCUCUUGACUCACUUCUCCGUCUAUUCAACAUUAUUUAUUUUUGGGAAAGCUACCAGUAACCAUCAGAAGUACUUCAUAUACUCUCCUUUAAUUAUCCUCUCAGGUUGAGGCCAGUGAGAAACCAAAUGACAGAAGAUGCGCUAUGCCACAGAAGUAUGCAAUUCUUUUAUGAUAUUUAUUUUGACAUUCAUUGACAUCACUAAACAAUUUAAAUAUUUCUGAGAAAUAAUAAUGCAUUAUUAUCAUAUGACUUUUUAACCUUGUUGGGGCUGGAGGUAAUAAUUGUCAUGUUUGUGUUUUGAAGUCAAGGGAAGGGUGUGGUCACAUGUGUUUUGAAGCAAAGUCACAGGAACUUGUUGGAUCUUGUCAGCAGAUAAUUUUUGUUGAACAAAGAAAUGAUUACGUUACAGCUAGUUGAGCUGAUACCUUUGUACCAUUUGGUUUUCAUGACCGCUUUCAGGAAAUAACUGGCUGAUUUAGAGGUUCUUGUCUUGUGUUUUGGGCACAGUCAGACAAAACUACUGUCCACAGCACUGCUGGGCAUUUUUGGAUAUUCCUAGUUUGCUAAAUAAUAAUGAUUUCCUUUUUAUUUAAUUAUCUGUAAUAAAGUGAUGGUGGGAGGCUUUGCAUUCCACUCCUGCCUUGCGCUUGCCUUUCCUCGCCUAAAAAUGCUGAAAAAUUACGCUUUCUCUGCAGUCUAGCCCUCAAAAUAUCUUGAUAUCAUGAACAAACGUAAUUUAGCAAUUGUAAGUACAUGGAUCUUUGCAGAACAACAGAACUUCCUGGUGAUUCAGGAUGGGAAACUAUCUUAGGAAAUGAAGAUUCACAACAACAAGAGGUAUAAAACUGUCAAAAGAUUCUUGUAAAUGUGUUUUGUUCUUAGUCACCUCCCUGCCUUUCAUUGUACAAGAAGUCAAGCAUCUUUUUUGAAUUAUAUAAAAAUGACAUCAUAUCUCUUUCUCCAGAAUGAGAAGCCCCUCUCUGUAUUACUUCAUCACAAUACGGAGAAAAGUAUAGUCUCCCUCGCAGCCGUUUUUUGUAUGUCACGUAACGCUCCCCCAAAAGAACUUUUAGGGAAGCAUUGCGUGACAUCCAAAAAAAAAAAUGCGAGGGAGACUAAGAAAAGUAUGGUAUAGCUUUAAUUUGUUUCCUGUUCGUUUCAAACAAAUUUUGUUUAAGUUGCAUACAGUCAAACCCUGCAUAAUGGACACCUGCUUAAUGUGGACACCUCGUUAUUAUGGACAGUUUGUUUUGCCCCUGGCGAAUGAAAGCCCUUACGUCUUCUCUAAUUUCAACCUGUUAAUACGGUCACUUUCUAUGGCCCUCUCAGUGUCUGUAUUAACAGGGUUUAACUGCUUACAUUGUAAUUUUUUUUCUCUUUUUAUGUGCUACUGUAGGUUUUGAUAGAUGUUAAUGUGGAUUCGUCUUCUCUUCCACUCAAAGAAGUAGAUGGUUAGUGAACAUAUCAGCAAUCAACAAGUUUCAAGCUUGAAAUUAUUAAAAAGUGAAAAUGUAGGCCUCCUCCAGUUAUGCUCUCAAGAUGGGCAAAAUAAAAAUUCAAGAAGACUCCUGACAUUUCGCUUUCAAAGAAGAUGGAAAACUAGCAACCCUAUGUAAAAGUACUGCUUAAGAGGUUGAACAGUCAGACGGGAUUUCAUCCACAGUGCAAAAAUCUCUGCUAGAGCUAACAUUUUGAUAGAAAGGCUUGAUAAAGGCCAACAUAUAAAAGGGACACCGAAAGAAACUAGGGAAUCUUGCAAGGAUGUCUGACUAGUGAUGCCAGUUCUGGCCAAAUUUUUAAGUACUAAAUUUGUUGCCCACUCCAAUUGUUCUUACAAGGAUCAUCUUUUCUUUCUCCUCUCAGGGGAAAAAUUCCUUAAAUUCUACUGGUUUGAUGCAAUUAUGAAGACAGAUUCAAACAACCAGGUAGAGUUGGUCAAGGUUGCUUGACAGUUGAAUUAUUAAGAAAAUCACUAGGUUCCCUGUAAGUUUUGAAUGAUCUGUGAAUUAUUCUCUAUCCUACAGGUACUGUAUACCUUUUUGGAAAGGUUUGGAUUGAAGCUGCAAAAGCAUAUGUGAGGUGAUUACUGUUUAUCUGCAUUUUGUUUUUCUCUUUAAAUAAGUUCGGAAAUCCCACAUGGGAAACCAGAAGGACACUUAGUGGACUUGCAACCGCUAAUUAAAAAUUUAUCUUUUUUCGUAUUAGCUGUUCAGUGGCAGUCAAGAACAUUGAGAGACAAAUAUUUAUUUUCCCAAGAGAAAAGUUGAGAGGAUGGAUGUAAAAACAUUGCUGCAGUUGUUGAGUUCUUCUUGCAUGUCUUUUCAAAUAUUAUCUGUACCUGUUCCAACAAUGUACUAAAUUAAUUGAUGUUUUUGUACUUUGUAUCAUUUAGAAGCUUGAAGUUGAUUGUUCUGAAACUGAUGAGCCUGUUGGGUUUAUUGAUGUUUACCAGGUAAAAAAAAAUAAUGAUUUGAUUUUAAUCAUAGUCAUUCUGAUUACUGUAUUCCAUAGGCAGAUUUAGGGGUGAACCAAGGGGGCCGCGACCACCCCUUUUCCUUUGAAAAUUAAUAUUAUUUUUAUAGAAUUUCGUCUCAGAAAAAUAAAAAGUAUCUAGAAUAGAGCUGUUAAGUGUCCUGCCCACUCCUUUCUGAAUUUUCUGGAUCUGCUGCUGUAGUCCUUCUAAUAAUUCCCCCCCUGAUAUUUAACCCCCCUCCUUUAAAUUUUACUAGUAAAGCAUGGUGCUCUCUUGACUAAUACCCCUCUCCCCCACCCUCACCCUUGGCGGCCAAAUUCCACAUAUUAAAAUGGGUAUUGAGGUUCACCGAUCUCCUCAUACAGAAUUCUCUCUACUGAUCUCCAUAUAUUCCAUCAAAGAAUUACUUGAGAGAGAGAGAGAGAGAGAGUAAAAGAUAAAAGGGUUUUACCUGAAGAAGUUAUUAAUUUUCUUGAUGUUUUCUCUUGAUGGUGCAAUGAUCUCGUUAGGAGAAAAUUGAUGCUGGUCACUUUUUAGUCUUCCCAUGGUGAUCAUAGUACAAUAGCCAUGACAUUGAGGGUGCUAAAUUUCAUCACUUUCUUGUUAUUUCUUUGUCAGGAGUUUAAUGAUAAGAUUGCAACAAAGCACAAGAUCAUGAAGUUCAUAUCUAGGGUAAUUCAGAUUGUUUAAUAAUUUUGAUGUCACUUUUAUGCAGUUCUGUUGAUGAGUGUGUGUAACUUAUGUCUCUAGAAAGUCCAAAAGGCUUAUGCAUUUGAGAUUCAAGAUGUUCCUGUGACAUCAGAGUACUUGGAAGUCAAAUAUUCGGUGAGAGAUGAUUAAUUUUAGGUUAUAACAGAACACACAUAAACGAGCUUUUAGACUUAACAGGGUUGUCAUUAAGAUUUCAAGUUGCCGGGUAAAUACAACAAGUAGGCGGGGAAUCAAAUGGCUAGGGAUUUAUUUUGGUUCUAUUUUUCUUGUAUUUUCCAAUAAAAGUAGCCGGGGACCACUCUCUUAGUAGCCGGGGAAAAUCCCUGGCCCCCGGCUCUUAAUGACAACCCUGCUUAAUGAAAAACCUUUCUUAAGACACAAACUUUCCAUUCCAUCUUGGAGUCUUUAUCAAGUGAGUGAAUUUUUUAUGUUUCUCUUUUUUUCAAGUGAUUUAUACUGUGAAUCAAGUGAUGAACAGUUCCAUAGAUCAUGGAAUCUCAUAACUGUCAUAUUCAAUGUUGGAUUUCAAUGUUGUCCAUGACACUUAAUUUAAACAUGUCAUCUUCCCUUGCAAUUAUUGAGGAGGAGGUGAUAUCCAGGGCGUGUCAUGAAUACUUGAGGGGGUUCCCCCACUGUCUUUGUUGUUGCUUUAGUGUUGGAAAUGUGUUCCCUGAAUCUAACUCCAAAAGGUCAUGUGAUUUAGUAGGUGAUAAUUUGGUUGCUGGAAGUGUUUUUAACAAAGGUCACUUGUUGAAAGAUUUUGGCUCUUUGAAUUUGAGAAGGGAAGGUGCCAGGAUGGGCUCUAAGUUGUUAAGGCUUAAAAAAGGUUUAAAGGUUUGUUUAUAGUGGAAAGUGCACUUAGCUUAUCCAGCUAGUUUACAGGCGCUCCACUCAAAUAAUUCUGAAACAAAUAAUGCAAAUAGAACAUAACAGGAAUAAAAAAAAAACUUGGAGGAGGCAACCAGUUGGCUAUUUACAAGCGUGGCUUGGGAUUUGAACUUGGGACAACCAAGAACAAAUCCAGCAAGUGGCCAAAGUGGGACUCGAACCUCGGGACUGACGGAUUGGGAGUCUGAUGCAAAGACAACUUGGCCACGCUGUUUCCCCAGUAAGGGUACUAGGGGAGUUGGGGGGGAGAGGGGGGUGAAAGUGAAGGGGAAGGAGGGUCAGGUUUAAUCUUUCUUUCUUUUUUCAAGUGAUUUAUACUGUGAAUCAGGUGACAAACAGUUCCGUAGAUCAUGGAAGCUCGUAACUGGCAUAAUAAAUGUUAGAACCCAACAACUGAUUUCAGUGUUGUCCAUGACACUUAAUUUAAACAUGUCAUCUUCCCUUGCAAAUAUUGAGGAGGAAGAGGCGGCAAUAUCCAGGGCGUGACCUGAAUACUUGAGGGGGUUCCCCACUGUCUCUGUUGUUGCUUUAGUGUUGGAAAUGUGUUCCCUGAAUGUAACUCCAAAAGGUCAUGUGAUUUUGCAGGUGAUAAUUUGUUUGCUGGAAGUGUUUUUAACAAAGGUCACUUGGUAAAAGUAAUUGGCUCUUUGAAUUUGAUAAAGACAGUAAGGGUAGACUUGAGAAGGGAAGGUGCCAGGAUGGGCUCUAAUCUGUAAAGGCUUAAAAAAGGUUUAAAGGUUUGUUUAUAGUGGAAAGUGCACUUAGCUUAUCCAGCUAGUUUACAGGCACGCCACUCAAAUAAUUCUGAAACAAAUAAUGCAAAUAGAACAUAACAGGAAAUUAUAAAAAAAAACUUGGAGGAGGCAACCAGUUGGCUAUUUACAAACGUGGCUGAGGAUUUGAACUCGGGACGACCAAGAACAAAUCCUGCAAGUGGCCAAAGUGGCACUCGAACCUCGGGACUGACGGAUUGGGAGUCUGAUCUAAAGACAACUUGGCCACGCUGCUUCCCCAGUAAGGGUACUAGGGGAGGGGGGGGGGGAGGGGGGUGAAAGUGUUGAUGAAAAAAGGAGUUAAUUUGUGACAACAUUAUUCAUGACAGGCGGAUUAUCCUCAGUUACCAUCUGAUCUCACUGGUCAAACAUUCAGUCAUGUGUUUGGUACCAAUACAUCAAGGUAAUGAUUCGAAAUUAACCCUUUAAGCCCCAGUAUCCACAUACAAAUACUCCGAACUGAUCUCCAUACAUUUCCGUGAAGAAUGAGUUGAGAGAAUUUGAUAAAAGAUCAAGGCAUUUUUUCUUGGGUGAUCGCUUUAUUAAUUCUCAUAACUUAUCUGUUGACAGUGUGUGGUAUUGUUAGGAGAAAAUUGAUCUUGGUCACUAUUGGCACUUAAAGGGUUAAUGUUUUUUGACUUUGACAAGUGAACUUGCUAAAGUUAUAAGUAGAUAGUGAAUGUUGGAAAGCAACAAAGAAAUAAUGAUGAAAUAUAACUGCUUAGAUUUUAAAGCUGUAGAAUUUAAACAUUAAAGAAGACAUUAUCAUGAAAUCAACUGUUUCCUAGAUUUGCAAUCUUCUAUUGCCUUUCUGAAAGUGGUAAACAUUUAUAAUUUCAUCAGAAUGGAGUUUGGUUUGGUGAUCUGGAGUUAUUUCUCUUUAAAGGAAUCUUUUUGCUUUCUAAUUUCAGCCUUGAACUCCUUCUCCUGAGUCGGAAGAUGAAAGGUCCUUGUUGGCUCAAUAUUAAGAUGCCUCGUAAGUCAAAUGGUACCCUGGUCCCAGAGGUUUUUCUUGAUUUUUCUUCGCGAAAGAGAUCAACAGCAAGCCGCGAAGCGGCGACAACGAGUCGCGUAAGCGACGAGGAGAGAGAGAAAAACCUCUGGUUACCUUGGCCUCGAAUCUCACUUUCAUGCAGACGACAGCUGUCAAACGCGUCAAAUUGCUAAUAAAAAGAGUGACCAAUGGCAACUUAGCAAACACGUGCUUAUCAGCCGCUAUUUUUUAAGUGGGGGUAGACCUGGGGAAAUUAUGUUAUGAACAAACCAUCUUCACUUGGGUGGUAAAGAGUGAUUUGUUAAUCGGGGUCAAGCUAAAGCAUGUGUUAACAAUGGGCGACAAGAGUCCAGGAAUAAGAAGACCACUUUAUAAAGAAACCGACAUUGUUCCAAACGAAUGCUGCAGGAUUUGCAGAAUUUAUUUGGGUAUAAUAACAAGGAUUUUUCACAAACAUUGUCAUCUGUUCUGUCGGCAGUGCGCCAGCGGCAAGUUGUAAAGUUUGCAAGAGUCUAUCAAUCGCACUUAUUACAUUGUUUACUUCUGCGGGGCGCGCCGUUCGCGUCGAUUCGCGGGCAUUCCCCUGAAAAUAGUAAUAUUAAUAGGUAUUCUGGCAAUCUGGCUCGCAUUUUGGUUUGGUGGCUCCAUUUCCUUUUUUUGUGGAACAGCGACGCUAGGAAGAGUCAUGCAGCACAACAAACCCUUAAGGUUGGGAAUGUACUUUCAGAGGUUUUUGUAGGCCCAAUAGACCUAUUCGGCUAACUCAAUGUUGUACCCAAUUCAAACCCUUUGGGAAUAAAACGUUUUGUUUCAGGAAUUUCCAUAUCAUUUAAAUGUGAAUGCCACAUUAUAAUGCAAAUGCAAUACACAAAGAAUCUUAUCCCCGGGAGAUUUCAAUUGGGUACAACAUUGAGUUAGCCGAAUAGUGAAUGCCAAAAAUAACGUUGGUUAGAUCUUUUUUGGGCGUCGCAGGAAAAUCAAGCUGCACCGAAAAUGAUUACGCACUUGUACAAAGUUGUAUGUUUUUUUCCUACAAGGAAACUUUCAUUCCGUAUUCGGAGAUUUUUUAUUUUGCUGCCCUAAACAAGUUAGUUUAUUUAAUGGAAUGACAGUAUUGUAACAGAAAAUAUACUUUCCAUGUCCGGUUGACAAAAUGGUGAACACAUCCUUUCGACUCAACGCAGCGAACAAAGCUUUCUUUUGUUGCUCAGUGAGACUCGGGAAAGCGCUCAUUAAGUACCGAGGUCAAAAUUUCUUCGAAUAUUCUUUCAGGAACAACAUCCAUGGCGUGCCUCUACGUGCCUUGGUCCCGUGCAAAUGUUAUUGCGAGUGCAGCAUACAAACUAUUUUCUUCCCUAGUGGAGAGAGGCAAAAUGAGGUGUGAAAAUCCUCAGCGUCCCCUCGGUAGUUACAAUUAAACGAGCCAAUCAAAUUGGUUUGCGCGUUUGAAAAAAUAUCAACCAAUCAACGCCCGAGGGUCAGAUCCUGACCCUGUCGUCUGCAUGGAAGUGAGAUUCGAGGUCAAGGUAACCAGAGGUUUUUCUGUCUCUCCUCGUCGCUUUCGCGACUCGUUGUCGCCGCUUCGCUGUUUGCUCUUGAUCUCUUUCGCGAAGAAAAAUCAAGAAAAACCUCUGGGACCAGGGUAGUCAAAUGGUUAAUAAAACCUCAGUAUGCACCAUUGUAUUAUUGAUGUACAAACUAGCCACUAGUGUAAUAGGGAAGACUGUUGACACUUGUGAUAUCAAGUAAUGGUACUUGUUUUAAAGAUAAGCAGGGGCUACAGCUGUAGAUGUCAAAAGUUGCCAGGUAUUGAACAGCUCAGAAGUUCUUUUGGUUUUCUUUUCCUUUUGUUUGUUAUGAAAGAAGCCAGGUGUCAUGCUCAUAGUUGCCAGGGGAAAUCCCUGGUCCCUGCUCCUUCAUGAUGGCCUUAAUAUGGUUGUGAACAGUUUCUUUGCAUUUGGUGGAAUUACCAUAUGAUGUAAUAAAAAAAGCACCCAUAAAACACCCACACCUCAACACAAUAACUGUCAGUACUUAACAAUGAAAAAAUUAAUAUUUUAUUAUUGUCCCUAAGUUUUCCUUAUACUAAGGUGUAUGUUGUUGUUGACUGUAUGUACAAGACUUGAAACAAACUUAAAAAGAUAAUUUUUUGCCUUCAUCAGAGCUCCCUCAGCAACCUAUUAGUUGGUGUAAAGUUGAGGUAGGAAUUUUUUUGUUCAGUAUCUGGAGAAUACUUUUUUUUGUCAUUAUUUUGUUUUCAUUAAGUGUAACAUCAUUAUUACUAUUUUGCAGGCUGUAGUCACAAAACCUGAUCAUGUUGAAGUAGCAAGUGAACAAAGUUCUCCUCCACCUAUGGUAAGAUUUUAACAGCAAAAUUAGUGAGCAAGUAAAGAAGAGGGAUGCAUGCUAACACCUAGUGCUGCUGGUUUUCAUUAUCAUUAUCAAUAUCAUUAUCAUUAUCAAAAUCAUUAUCAAUAUCAUAAUCAUUAUCAUUAUCAAAAUCAUUAUCAAUAUCAUUAUCAAUAUCAUUAUCAUUAUCAUUAUCAUUAUCAAAAUCAUUAUCAAUAUCAUUAUCAUUAUCAAUAUCAUUAUCAAUAUCAUUAUCAUUAAUGAUUAUCAUUAUCAUUAUCAAUAUCAUUAUCAUUAUCAUUAUCAAUAUCAUUAUCAUUAUCAAUAUCAUUAUCAAUAUCAUUAUCAAUAUCGAUAUCAUUGUCAUUAUCAUUAACAAGGUCAAUAUCAUUAUCAUUAUCAAUAUCAUUAUCAUUUAGGUUGGUUUUGGCCGAUUCUUUAUUUUCUCUGCGAGACAUGAACUUGACACUUGGACUCUUGCCCCCCCAGAAGACGUGGUAUGGCAUGAUUCUGUGGGUGUUAAGGGUUCUAGUUCAGGGCUUAAAAUCAGAGUGCGCGGAUAUUUUUCAUCAGAGCUUUCUCUGUUUGUUGCACCAUACUGACAAGCCCCAAGAAGGGUGAAACAGCUGUCUAUGGCUACAAUCCCAUUCUGUUUUGAGUUCUUUUGGUGUCGUGUUAAUGUCUUGCAGAGUUAACUUUCACGUAGUACGAUCAGCAUUGCAGUAUUCUGCUUGUAGAAUUUAAUAUGUCUACAUCAUUAUCAUUAUCAAUAUCAUCAUAAUCAGUAUCAAUAUCAUUCUCAUUAUUAUGUUUUGUGUAGGUUGUCAUGAGCCUUAGUUUUAGGACCAUGUUAAACACCAAGACUCACACCCAUGAGGUAAGCAAUGAGUAAAAUCAAGCACUAAAAAUGUUACGUUUUACUUUCUGAAAUGCAUUAAUGGGAUGCCUGUUAAGAAUACCUUCAGCAAUGCUAGAGAUGGGCUACCUGUGAAGUUGGAUUACCUCAAUUGUUGGGCUUCCUGUGAAGAUGAAUUGACUUUGGACCAGGGCUUGUGAUUUGGGAUUAACAAUCAACAAGUUCUUGAAUAGUGAACGUUUUUUCUAAGAGUAGGUGCUGCUUAAGAACCUGGUACUCGCUGAAGAUGGGCUUCAAUACCCACAUCUUAUUCCUGCCGCCCCCCACCCCAUCUCAGUGGGUAAAGUAUGGGGGGGGGGCCCAUAGGAAAGGAUGCUUGUCGGAAACUUUGCAUUAAACCCCUAAAGGAGACCAAUCUGGGCGUGGCCCAACCUUUUUUGGACCCCUAAAAGAGACCAUUUUAAACUUUGAUUACAUGAAUCGAGGAAAUAAAACGAAUUAAAAAUGUUUAAUUUUUUAAUAUUUCUUCACGUGCAACACUAACAGAGACCUUUACGGCUAAUCAUAAUGGCGUUUGUCCAGAACACCCUAAGUGAGACUAAAACCCGAAAUUUACACCCCUAAGCGAGACGAUGAGCAUCCCCGCUGCUUUCACAUGGGGGUCCAUCCCCCGGGGAAACCCCUCCCCGUUCUGGUGAGAAGAAUUUCCAGGUCAUUUGACAUUUUAUUCUCUGUUGUGGUUUAGAUCUUGGCUGUGUCAGCUCUGGUUCACCAUGACGUGUCCUUAGAUAAGGCUGCUCCGAAACAGAAAUUCCAAUAUCACUUUUGUGGUAAGUUAAAUGAAGUACCUCAUGGUUAGCUCAGGUGCCAUUACAAUCGCCCUCAUACCAAGUGAAAGUAGGGAAACUAAGUUGGAAAUGACGAGAAUGGACGGCGUCCGAGUUCACAGAGCUUCGACGACGGUGAUGGCAACGAGAACGGCAAAAUGAAAAAGGUUUAGAUUGGCGAAACAGCAACUCUGCACGUGCAUCACGCUUUUUUGUACAUUUCUUAGCCGUCGUUGCACGACGACUACGACGUGAAAGUGCCUAAUUUCACGUUUUGUCGAGGACGGGAACACAGGACAACAACUUUCUUUUUCUUUUCUUGAACUUUGGCACAGUCCUUCAGAACUCAACUGCCAAAAAAUUGCCAACAUUUGUACAAACUGAACGAGAUGGAAUAAGCGCGAUCAAGUUUGAGGCAGCACGAAUUCACGUCUUCGUAGCAUUACUGUCGUUGUUGCUUGAGCUCCCUAGUGAUGGUAAAAUUAAUCGUUUUGCCGUUUCCGCUGUCAAGUUAACUUAAAAUUGUAGUUGUGCAGAAACGCGUGAUGCACGUGCAAAGUUGUUGUUUUGCUCUCUAAAUCUAUUGUGUUUCGUGUUUUUAUUGCCGUCUCCGCCGUAGUUUCGUUAGGUCUAGCGUCAUGAAUGACUCUUACUGAUAAGAAAAUGAAAGCCUACUUUUUAAAUUACGAGUUCUGCGAGAGUUUUUACCGGUCAUCUUUGUUUUUCAGCUGUUAGCAAGCCCAAUGAUCAGAUGUACCCGUAUGACUUUAAAGAUCUUGUCAGAAAAAAGGUAAAGUCGACUUCUGAAUAGGCAAGAGGUAGAGAAUAUUUGGUGUUUUCCACCGAUACAACCAUAAGCACUACAGUUUCUACCAAACCCUUCAUUCAACAGACAUUUAAGUCAAAGCGCAAAAUCAGCAUUGAAAAAAUCACCAAAAAUAACUUUUAGAAAAAAAAAUUGGGAAGAAGCAUACCCUCAAUCCCCCCGUGGGUCCCCCAAGGGAAGUUUAGGUAGGGAUUUAUGCUAAGCCCUUCAAUCCCUGACCCUGUUUAAGAUAAACACCGUUCAUUUUACUACAGUGUUCACGAAAAGAUACAUUUUUUUCCUAGUGACCCUAAUUCAUUUUGCUUCGAAUACAGAAUUCAAGCUCUUUUAGAAAGUGACAUCAUUGAAUUAAUGAAUACCAUUUUUUUAAAAACAUGAUUAUUACCGCUCAAGUAGACCACUCACCACAAAUGUCCACACCCUGUUCAAGGGUUCCAGUCCAGAAAGACACCCCAGUGUUCAAGAUGCUAAAUAUUGAAAUAAUGUACCCUAUUUGUAGCAAACUAUUAACGCUGCAUUCAUGGCUGUGAUAUGCAUUGAUGCAUUUUCUUCAGUUCCUUCAGCCAACAAAAAAAAGAAAGAAAAAAUUAUGGGAUCAUAAUUACUUUCGGAUAGAUGACUAAUUUUAAGGGAGACUUUGACCCUACGGGUGACUGUUUGCAACGGUUCACGGAAAUGUGUGUGUCUGCAGCCGUUAACAAUUGUUUUUUCUGUAGCAAAUUAAAAUGGAGAUCACUGCAUCGGAGAGAGCACUUCUCGGCUUAUUUAUGGCGAAGAUUCACAAAAUUGAUCCUGACGUGCUGGUGGUAUGUUUAUUUGCAACUUUUUUUUUUUGUUUGACUGAUGAUUUUCUCUCUCAUUCGCCUUCUGAUUUCAUCUUCGAUAUAUUUUUUUUCAAAUUAAUUAAAAAGACACGACUCUAAUUCGUAAGUCUAAAGUGGUAAAUUGAAGGUGUGCUGGUUCGUUGAAAAAACAGGGUUAAAUGAAGGUUUUCCAACGUCAAUUGUGUACCGUUUAUUUUUACAGUUGCGGCCUCGGUUGUUCAAACGUUGAAAGGUGCUUUCCACCGGGUAAAUCCGCGCUAAUCAGCGGAUAUGUCUUAGGAAAACCUAUUGCCCUAUGCACUGGAAAGAGAUUUGUGCGGUUGAUUGCCCUAUCUACUACGUUAACACUAGGCUCAGUCUCCCCUCUCCCCUAGGCUCGGGUACUCCCCUCCCGAGUCGGGUGGGGAGUACUGCGGGCACAUCGAGACACCCAAGGCUAGAGACUGAACUUAAGUUCACACAGCAGCGGUUGAAUUGUCAACCAGUUGAACUAAAAUUCGUGGGUUUAGGUGGUGCGUUCACACGGAACCAACUUAACCGUACCAAAAUGUACACGUUUAGCCGUUCAAAGUUCCGUGAGAACAGAGCGGAAGUAUUGAACGUUUCCUUGUGAAGGAACUGUCAGGUCAAAUUUUUCAGCCGGGUCGAAAAUUGGUCCGUUGCCAUGUGAACAUAGUCAGAGUUCUGUACUAUUCUUGUGAAUAGUGAUUUGAUCAGGGCAAUUCUUUAUGCAAGUUUUGCGCCAAGGAUGUCAAACCAAGUGCUAAUUGUUUGAACUCUCUUGGUAUUAUAGGGUCAUAACAUUUAUGGAUUCGAUCUAGAUCUUUUGUUGCACAGGAUUAAUGCUUGUAAGGUAAGUACAAUGAUUCUAAUUGUUAACAAAUUGGAUUAUUAGUUCUUGUAGCAGUUUUGAUUUAUCAAAUGGCAAAUCUCCUUUUUUUGCAUCUUCCGACGCUAAACAAUGCUAACUCGUUUCCUUUUUUCAUAUAGAUACCUCACUGGUCUCGUCUUGGACGACUCAAAAGAACCAUAAUGCCAAAACUCUCGGUAAGAAACUAUGAAAAUGCCAAAUUGUUUGUCUCCCGCCAUCAGCGAUUCUAGACGAUGAUAUUGAGCAUAUGAAUGUCCGCGUGAGACUGGUUCGGUGCUGUGUCCAAUUGCAGUAUGGGACGGUUUUGGGGAGGCUAUCGCUUUCUUGAUUGGCUAUUACAAGGUUGCGCGGGAAAUUGGGUCAGAAUUCGUCCCGCAAAACAGUCCCAGGAUGCAAUUCAACUCAAUAGGGAGCUCAAGCGCCGACGAUAGCGAUGGCGGGAAAACAGCGACGGCUACGAAAACGUCACUUAAAAAGUGAAUUCGCGCUGCUGCAAACUUUAUCGCACUUAUUCGAUCCGUUUAAUUUGUCAAAUGUUGGCAAAUUUUUGGGAGUUUAAUUGUGAAGGACUGUAUCAAAGUUCAGGAAAGAAAAAGAAAGUUGUCAUCUUGUGAUCCCGUCCUCGACAAAACGUGAAAUUAAGCACUUUCACGUUGUAGUCGUGCAAUGACGGCUAAAAAAUGUACAAAAAAGCGUGAUGCACGUGCAAAGUUGUUGUUUUGUCAAUCUUAACCUAUUGCUUUGUUGCCGUACCCGUUGCCUCCGCCGCCGUUGUUGCUUAAGCUCCCUGAUGAAAAACAAAUGUACAAAAAUGCGUGAUGCACGUGCAAGGUCGCUGUCGUUGUUGCUUAAGGUGAUGCUACACGAGACGAUUCGCAACGACGAUUUUUAGCGCAACACUGACAGCGCUGGAACAAUGUUGCGACUAGUGGUGUAACGAUUAAUCGAAUUCUCGAUUAAUCGCGGUUAUGACCGUUUGGUUCGAUUCACGUUUCUUUGCUUCCACGUUUCGAUUUUGCUUCCAUUUUUGCAUACCUUGCCCUCAGAGAGUUAUUAUAUUGUAAAAUCAGAAUCCAGAAGUCUUUGAAAUGUGCGUUUUUGAUUGACGAGCAAAGACGAUAGCAGUUUGUGCGCCAUUUUGUAUUGCCUGGUAAAAAUGCUGUCCUUCAACCACCCCUUGAGAAUUCCCAAACAAGGCAAACCAUCUUUGUCAGGUUCUCAAACAUGGCGACGAACCAAGCGACUGUGAAUCCUCCUGUCCCUGUUACUAUUCUCAAAUUGAGGGUUUGGGGUUGCAUGUUGUUAACAUUACACGUUCUGUUAUAAGAAUUAAGAAACAGUUACAUCACCGAAUGGAAAUAAUCGUAAUCGAAAGACAAUAAUCGAAAUCGAAUUGAAUCGCAAGGAAUAUGAAUCCUUACAACCCCUAGUUGCGACAUUGUUUGGAAUAGUUACAACAUUGUUCUAACGUUGCAACGAUGUGUUGAGCUAAAAAUCGUCGUUGUGGACCGCAACAUUGUUGUAACGCUGUGACAGCCUUGCAACGAUGUUGCGACAUUGUUUCGAAUAGUUACAACAUUGUUCUAACAUUGCAACGAUGUGUUGAGCUAAAAAUCGUCGUUGCGAAUCGUACCGUGUGACAUCACCUUUAGGCUUUGUUCACUCUAUACCCGGAACACUUAUCCGAUAUGUGUCUCUCCACUUUAGAGUUCGGCGCCGCGCGGCUUCGCUCGAAACAUUGUUCUUAUGCGUGAACAGAAUCCCUGUCCGCUAUGGUUUUCGUGCCGGCGCAAAAGCUCUCCGAUAUAGUAUGAACAUAUAUCCCCAAUAUCGAUUCAGUUUAUCUAAAGAUUUCUUACUGAAAGAUGCGCCAAAUUUUACAGCCCAAAUGUAACUUAAGAGACGUGCAAUCCUUCGCUAAACGCCUCGAAUAAUAGUGUGUUAUUUUCAAUACUUUUAAUCUUUUUUCCAGAGUGGCGGGUUUGGCAAGGGUGGUAACCUUGAUCGCUGCAUUACCAGUGGGCGUAUGGUCUGCGAUGUCAAGAUCUCCUCCAAGGAGCUUAUCAGAUGCAAGAGUUAUGAUUUAACAGGUACGCUUUCUGCAUUUAGCUUAGUUAAACCACACAAGGAGUCUACUACUACCAGCGCUUUCAAUAGUGAGCCUUCCGCAGUUGGCUUAGUUAAACCACAUCAUCCGGGCCUACUAUUACCAGCGCUUUUAUUGGUCUUGGUUACACUCACUUUGUUGUUAUAUAUAAAGAGGUAAAAGCGGUCACACUCAUGUUUGUUUCCCGAGGUACUUCGUCGCCGCGUACUGAGCAUCUUUUACGCGGGAAAUUUCGUAGCGUCUCUUUGACGGGUAUUUUAUCGUUGAACACAAAAACCCAAGAUAAACUACUCGGCAGCGAUCGUGGUUUGCUUUUCUUGAACUUUUUAAAGUUUCCUUGGUUUAUUUUUUCGUAUGAUGGACAACACUCGCCGUAAGGACAACAUUUGACGCGGGUAAACUACGAUCAUUUUUAUUUUUCCCUGAGAUAAGCUUGUUGCCUUUUUUCGAGCCACGGGUAAAACACCUUGUCACGCGCGUAAAGUGCUAAGCGCAUCCUUAGUUUUAACGUGACUCGCCCUUUUUUAACAUCCAAAUUUCUAAGUUUUAUACACGCUUCUCUUUUUCCCAUUUUUUCCUAGCUCUAUCGUGGGCUGUCCUUCAGUCCAGAAGAGAAGAAAUUGACCAAGAUGAAAUUCCAAACAAGUUUAAGUAAGUAAUCAAGGAAAAUCUUUAGUCGUAGCCAAAUGUCCUUGCGUCGUACGUCUCAUUAGCUCACGAAUGUUAGAAAGUGUUCCUCCGUGUUGACGAUGUCCAGCCAAUCAACACUUUUUUGGUGGAUUAAUGGUUUGUUUUGAGUAGUAAUUGUUUAAGAAGUCCUUUAAGUUAAUAAUUUAAAUUUUCUUUAUUUUUUUCUCCAGCUCUUCUCACGAACUCCUUCACAUGUUUGAACUGACUUCGGUAAGUGCUGAUCAAUAUGUGUCAUUGAUCAUCUUUGGUCGUGUGGUUGUAUGUGUUAUCUCAUGCAUUUCCUGUUUUUUUUUUUUUUUUUUUUUUUUUUUUUUUUUUUUCAGAUGGACGCUUUGCUGUCACUAAGGAUCAUGUACGAUUUGAACGUAAGUCUUGGUUUUUUUCCCCUUAAAAUGUGAUUUCCACUCUCGUUAAACCUCCUGUCACAUAAUCAUUUUUUUCUAACUGAACUUCCGUCAUUUCAAUUCUUCGCUUUGUCCCCCAAUUGAAAUAAAAGCCCCGUCCACUCGUGUCCGUGUUUGUUUGAACGCGGAUAUAUAUUUUUUUCUCCGGUUUGUGGUUUCGAGAUAGUCGGGUCUGCGAAAUUCAAAAGGCGCGAACACGAAAAAAAAAAACAUGAGGACACUGCGGAGAGGAAGGGCGCCACCGCCCCUUUUUCCCCCUUUUAAACUUUUCUUUAACAUCAUUUUUACUUUUAGGUUUUACCCCUGGCUCUACAGAUAACGACUAUUGCUGGAAAUGUUAUGGUGAGUCUUUAAAUUCUCUUCAAUUUUCAUAUAUAAUUACCGUUUGAAAAUAUUGAAACUUGAAAUUACAAUCAAUGACCAAUAAUCUUGCUUGAUUUUCAGGCCCGCACUCUUCUUGGCGGUCGAUCAGAAAGAAACGAAUUUCUUUUACUUCAUGCCUUCAACGAAAAGUAAGACUUUUUACUGCUCAGUUUCGAAGCAGGUUCUUUUUCAAAUGUCCUAAACCCAGAACAACAGUGAUCACGCUAACCCGUCACCACAAAGGCAAACAAUCAAAUGUCAAUUUGGGAGCAGUAAAAAUUUUGGGAAACUACCCCUCCCCUAAUCCAGCGUAAACACGUACUUCUUGCGUAGGGCAAAAUCUUUGGUUGGGGGAGGGGUAGGUUGACAGUUUUCAACAAUCUCGAACCAAAUUAUGGUGAUCGGCGCUAAGCGCUGGACAUCUUCGACCUCGUUCCCACGAGUAAGGAGAAGACCCUGUGACCGAGGGUAGGGGAAAUGUUGUACGGGUAAGUUACGGUUGGGGUUGGUUUUGUUCUGAUCUGUUGGUAAACUGAAAUGAUUUUUUUUUUCCAGUCGAUCACGUAGCGCAGCCAUGAAAAACACAGUUGUAAAGUUACAUUAAGCAUCAGUGAGAUGUAUAAAAAACAAGUCAGAUUUAUAUUUUUAUUUUAUUCCACAGGAAUUUCAUCUGCCCUGACAAAAGUUAUGGCAAAAAACAAGUGGUGAGAAUUAAGACAACAUUCAGUACCGCUGUUAAUUUCACAAACUGUCGAAGCGUCCCUGCGUUUUCCCAGAAAAUUCUGGCUUAUUUCUAUUAAGCGCCUUGAACUCAAGUCUGCGAACAAGCACUCCAUUUGGCGGCUUUCGUGAAAAGUCACGCGCGAGCGGCACGCGAGACGAAUAUCGCUCUCGCGCUCGUUCUCUCGCAGCUCGCUUUGACCAUCUUUUUAAAGGCCCAUGUUCACCCAAGCGGCUUUGCGUGCUUGUGUUUUUGUUUUGAAACGCUUCUUUUGUCAAAUUUAGUGUUUAGACUGGGCAGAGUGUUCGCCUUUUUCGGGCUUGGCCGAAGCGUGACUCUAAACACACUGAAAACGGGAAUUUUCAAUUACACAAAAUCAUUUUCUUGGAGUACAGAGUGCGCAAAGCUGCUUUGGUGAACAUGGGCCUUUAAAAGGAAAGCUUUCUUGGGGGUUCGAAUCAUAAUACGUUUUCCGUUCAUUUAUAGGUUGAGGCAGAGCACGAUGAGGAGGAACAGACAAGAAGCGCAAAGAAAGGGAGAAGAAAACCAGCUUACGCCGGUGGUCUUGUGUUAGAUCCCAAGAAAGGUAUUUAGCUUAGUCUGUUCCAGGCUCCAAGUUACUUAGUGGGGAAAACGAAAAGAAGCACCAUUGCAGGAUUUGAAAAAGAGUGGGUUUUUUGGUCUAUCUGACUUGUACCGUUAUUAGUCCGGGGCGGAGAGGGGGGAUUCAGAUGGACUGAAGAGGAAAAAAGUGCGACUUUCUAACAGACGUCUUAUCUCUACAAUGAGGCUGCCGGGUGCAAGGGACAAAGUUGUCAUCGUGAAUUUAUUUACUUAUUUUUAAUUUGCAUUUAAAAAUCAUGAUUUAACCCCUCUUAUUGGAAUGGGUAUGUUAAAAUUCAUUGCUGCAACUGUGGACCACUGAGUUAUUUUUUUUUCACGAUAGUUAAGUAACAUAUCGUGUGGGACGUUUUUAUCAUAGUUCUCAGUUCACAGGAUGUCCAUCAUCAUUCAGGUGUGCAGCAAAUUCUAAAUAGGUCGUGAUGUUAGUCGCGUGAAUCACGUUUCUCAUAUAAUGUACGUUUUUCUAGGUUUCUACGACAAACACAUUCUGCUGCUGGAUUUCAACAGUUUGUACCCGUCCAUCAUUCAGGAAUACAACAUUUGUUUCACUACCAUCAGUAGAACAACCUCUGCCUCCUCCAAUGGAGUGAGUUCAUUGAUUUUAGUAGUUCCUGUUCUUUUGGUUCCCUUUGUUGUUAUUGUUGAAGCAUGACCCAGGUAAUACGGUAGGUCCCGUGGUCGGUUAAACUUUCGAGACUGUUUCGUUGCGCAAAUAUGGUUAGAUGGUUUUGCUUAGGAAUAAGCUGGUGAAAUACUGCUUUAAAGAAGUGUGAAAGUUGAAUGAAAGGUACAGAGCAGUUCUUUCCUGUGGUGUUAUUUAUAUUGUUGAAUAUGGUGGUUUCAACUUGUAAAUCUAUGGGGUAUGCAAACUACUGAGCAGUACUUCGCUGUGGUACUGUUUAUCACGCUGUACAAGGUGGUUCUAACUUUUGAGUCUGUGGAUGAAAUCCUAAUGUGUGACCAUUAAAAUGAAAGCUGCUGAGCAGUACUUCCCCGAAAGCCGCUGGGUAGUACUUCCCUGUGGUACUGUUUACUAUGCUGUACAAGGUGGUUCUAACUUUUGAGUCUUUGGAUGAAAUCCUUAUGUGUGACCAUUAAAAUGAAAGCUGCUGAGCAGUACCUCGCUGUGUAAUUGUGUAUUAUACUGUGCAAGAUGGCUCUAACGUUUAAGUCUGUGGAUGAAAUCCUAAAGUGUUACAACUGAAAGUUACUAAGCAGUUCUUCUCUGUGGUGCUGUUGAUUGUGUCGUACAAGACGUACAUAACUUUUGAACCUAUGAUACUUUGGCCCCAUUCGAAUUUUAAAAGUAUUGGUCAGUACUUAUUUUGCCUUACCAGAUGGCUCAAACUUCUGAGUCUGUAGAUGAAACUUUUAAAUGUGACAUUCCGAUAACAUUUUCAGCAAUUUUCUUGCUUAGUAACUCUAGUCGUAAUGGGUUGUGUAAAGUUACUAAUUAUGCACAACUACUUCAAGUAAGACCACACGAACCGCCCUGCUACCUUGUUUUGAUAGGUUCAAAAAGCACUCACAGCAUUUGUUGUCAGUUUUGGGUUUGACAAUAUUAGAAAUAACUUUUCAACAAUCACGCGGAUAAUGUUUCUCGAGUUACUAUUCAUUACCAGUAAUCACAUGCUCUCUUAGGAGACUAUUUUUCCUAAAAGCCUUGUGAUUUUCUGUACUGUAGAGGCGAAAAUUUGAAAGUAGUUAAUUUUAUUCCGACAGGCUGACGAGAAUGAAAUUGUUGAGUCACCUGAUCCAGAUUUAGAGCCUGGAAUUCUUCCAACGGAGAUCAGAAAACUGGUAGAACGAAGAAGACAGGUUGGUAUCUGCGUUUCUAACUUUAAGGUGUUCUGUCACCAGGAUAUUGCGAGUGUUUUAGGUCAAUCAUGUGAUAAAGUCAUUGCUUAGUGCCUUAACCCAUACAUAAAAUGCUCCUGUAGUGAAACGAAGAAGAUAGAGCGAUUUUCGUAUGACCUUGAAAAAUGGUUCCGGUAAGUGUUCGAUUGGCCAAUCGUGUUGCAGUAUGAAGUCAAAGCGUAGAAAGUUCUCGGGCAUGAAGUUUUUUCACCCGAGCGUUCGCUUAACCAACCAAAAGCUACGUGGGUUUGUAUCUGUUCGAUAA